GAGAAGGGGGCGGGGAGGAGGCGUGGCUUACUAUUGCAGCCGCGGGACAGACAGGAAGUGAGGAAUGGAUCAGACUCAGCGACUGAUAUCCGAUGAUGACGAGGAAGAUGUCGGCUUGGACAGGGAGAAACCUGUGGCCAACUUGCACAUGUUCCAGGGAACAUAUGGACCGGCACAAGACUAUGCCAUUUACCCCGGGCAGAAUAUUAUUGGUCGCCACGCCAGUUGUGAUAUAACCCUCCCUGCGCAGUCUGUAUCCAAGAAACAUGCAAUUUUAGAGGUCCGGGCAGAUUGUCACACCAUCUGUGACUGUGGUAGUAUGAAUAAAACCCGUCGAGGGAAGGCUCCCCUCUCUCCUAAUGUACGCUAUGCCUUAUCCCACGGUGACUUUGUGCUCUUUGCGGACGUGGCUUGCCGGUAUAGCAUAAACAAAGAAUUAGAGAAGAUACAGAAAGCUGAACAGCAAGCGGUACUUGAUGAAACUGAAGACGAUUCUCUUUUGGUGCCCGGAACACAGGCUACCCUGGUAAUUGAAAAGACCCCAGGAGCGGCUAUACGCAGGAUGGGGCGAGGGGCAAUAUUGGCAAGAGAUUCUGGGGAUGAAGAGGAGAAUGAAGAGGAGAACAGGAGUGGGUUAAGUGAAGAAAGGAAAGGAUUUGGCCCAUUCCAGAAUGAUAACAAGGCAUCAACAACUGGGACUUUCCUGUCUCCCACUACAGACACCUUUGUUCCUGAGAGUGAUGAGGAAAAUGACACCUCUAUCUCUCCAUGUCGAUUUCCUGCACUCAAUCUUCACAGUGACAGUGAUGCAAGUAUUCAUGAGACACCCACGAGGAGAGAGUCAUUUGUCCCCUCGACUCAGAGCUUUGUCACCUCUCCAGCUCUAACCGAAAAGAAGACUUCACUAGCUACAGAUCCUGGGCCAUCGAGUGAAGACAAAACCAGCAUGUCUGCUCCAGCUGGCGUUCACAUGAAACUAUUUGAUGGUGAAAAAUACGUUGGAGAUUCUUUGACUGUGAAGACCAAAGAUGAUGCUUCUUACAUCAAAGACAGUACUCGGAGAGAACAUGGACCAGACUCUGCCCCAAUUAUUGGCAACCCAGCUUUUGGACAUGAAGGUGCAGGUUAUGAAAAGGGUACAGGACCAUCAGGUACAAACAUGAACAGUGAUAAAGCUGAAAUUGAUGAGGCUUUGCAUCCGGUGGAAAACCAGAGAGAAACAUCUGGAAUUACAUUAAAAAGCAAUGUGGAUAUUAAUGAUGACGUCACAACUUCAGAUAAGGAAAACGAAAACAGGAAGUCUGCAGGGAUUGUUCUACACAGUGACUCGGAUGAUGAGGAGCAGGCAGAUGAUUUGUCUGUAGAUGUGAACACAAAACCAGGAUUUGACUUGCAUAGCGAUACAGAUGUUGAUGACAAUGCUGCAUCUUCAGCAACAAAUCUCCCAUCAGAGAAGACUCUAGAAGUUAAGCAAAGCACAAGCACUGUAGAAGACAAUGACCGUGCCUCAAAGAAUUCUGUGGAGUCCACGCUUAAUUUGGAGAGUAAAACAGAUGCUAAAAAAGACCACACAUCUGUCGGUGCAGGUGUUAAAGAGCGCGAGACCAGCGUAAUCCCGAGUGACAUUGAUACAGAUGUUGAGAAAGAAGACAGCAUAUCUGUCAGUGCUUGUAUAAAGAUGAGGAAGACCACAGGAAUCAUCAGUGACAGUGAUACAGAUGUUGAAGACGACCGCACAUCUGUCAGUGAUGGUAAAAAGAUGAAGACCACAGGAGUCAUCAGUGACAGUGAUACAGAUGUUGAAGACGACCGCACAUCUGUCAGUGAUGGUAAAAAGAUGAGGAAGACCACAGGAGUCAUCAGUGACAGUGAUACAGAUGUUGAAGACGACCGCACAUCUGUCAGUGAUGGUAAAAAGAUGAGGAAGACCACAGGAGUCAUCAGUGAUACAGAUGUUGAAGAAGACGAUCGCACAUCUGUCAGUGAUGGUAAAAAGAUAAGGAAGACCACAGGAAUCAUUAGCGACAGUGAUACAGAUGUUGAAGAACAAGACGAAAGCACAUCUGUCAGUGCUGGUACAAAGUUGAGAAAGACUACAGGAAUUAACAGUGACAAAGAUACAGAUGCAGAGAGCAACAAGAAUGUAGAAGAUGAUAUGAAAGACAAAAAAGCAGAAACCAGUGAGCACAGUGAUACUGAUGUUGAAGGGAAUGAUGACAUUUUGAAGGUGGAUACAAAGAAGCAACAUGUUGAGUUCAACCUUGACAGUGAUACAGAUAUAGAGGAUGACUCCAUGGAUGUGAAGAAGUCUGAUACAGAGAAGACAGAAAAGACUACCUCUCCUGUGCAGAUUACUGUAGAUGCUGGAGAAAGCUCCAAGACAAAUGUUGAAAAAGAAGCAGUGCUUGGAUUCCACAUGGAUAGUGAUACAGACGUAGAGGAAUCUGAUGAAGAUCAGUUGACUAAAUCCUCUAUUACUGAUGAUGAGAAGAGUGUGGAACUUGGAGUCCAAGCCAAAUACCAUGGCAAGAACUUUCCUUCAGAAACUGAUCGAGAGCCAAGUAAUACAGAUGUUCUUAAUCAGAACACCAGCCCAGCUAUCAACCUGGAAAAAGACAAAAAAACAGAUGAGGUGGGCAGUGGAACUGCUGAAUUACACAUGGAUACAGAUAUAAAAGAUGACAACACAGUAUCCCAAGCAUUCAGAUCCAAAGGUGACCAAAGUUGCGGUGGUGGUGCUCACGAAGAGCCUGAGAGAGGCCUCAAAAUAGGCACAGAGAAGGACACGGCUGGAUCGUGCCAGGCUACAGAGACUAGUAUGGUGGGUGAAGAACAGAAAGAGGAAGAUGCACCAGCCAGUGUAGACUUGACCAUUGCAACAAAAGACAAUAAACCAGAACCUGAAGGUACAGAUUACUACAUGUGUGAAACCCAGUGUUACCUAGAACCAGAAGAAAAAUGCUUAGAAUUUCCAGAUGAUGAUGAUGAUGUUAACUACGCAGAAGAGCCUACACAAGCCUUUAUCAGUUCCACCUGGGUCGAACCAGAUCCAUUUAAACGUCCUGCAGAUCCUGUUAGAAGCCCCCAGAUCUCACCUGUGCGCUUUAAUACAUCUGAAGAAGAGGUGGAUGAGAAUGUUGUGGCAGAGACUCAGCCUUAUUUCUGUGAAACUGAUACACCUGAUAGAGAGCCUAUCCAAGAGACCACUGAGACAGAGUCUGAGAGCACGGAGACCCCUAGAGUCACUCAAGAGAUUCCCAAAGAAAUCUCGCAAGACGACACGCAACCUGUCUCUCAGUAUUUGGCAGCCCUAUCGACUCAUGAAAUAGUUACCACAGCACCCCCGAAAAAUGUGAUGCCUGUUGGCGUAUGGGAAAAGGUUACACACCUGAAAGAUGACACAAAAGGCAGAGAUGAAAUUGAUGUGGCUGAAGAGGCCACACAACCUUAUACCUUGGAUGGGCUUAACUCUGAUGGGGAUGCAACGCAGGCUUUUAGCUUGCAUGUCCAAACUACAGAGUACAAUGUGCAUCUACCUGAAAGCAGUGCAUCUCAUCCUAGCAGUCUCAACGUUCCUACUGAUGGCCUAAGUGGACCAACCACAGGAGAUGACACACAGCCUUGCAGCCUUGGUGUGCCUUCCACCAUGGAAGAUACCAUGUCUGAUAAAACGCAUGGGAUUUUCAUUGAAGCUGAGUCACAAAUGCAUGAAAAUAAGGAAGAGGAAGAAAGUUCCAAUAGUGCAGAGACAGUGGUGGAAAAGGUUGAAGAACAUACAGAAGAAUCUAUUGCACUACAUCUUUCCCCGUCAUUUGUGUCAACUGAGCAGGAGGCCAGAGAUUUACAACAAUCUUUUGGUGGUAUUGUAAAUGAAAAGACCAUUACAGAUGAGUUUGAGGAAGAAAGGAAAAGUGUAGCAGAGAUAAUGGAAGCAGGAGAUACUAAGAGCCAAACUACUGAAAAGAAAGAGGAUAACACAUCAACUGUGAAUGAAAGUCGUAACAAGAUCGAUGUCGAUGUUAAGCCUUCGACAUCACAAGAUAAGGAGGAUGAAAGGGAAAAAACAGCAGCAAAAAAAGAAAACAAAGAUGAGGUGGAAAGUCAAGAACUUGCCAACGUGGAGCAUCCUUCUACUAGUUUUACACCUGAAGAGUCACCAAGGUGUUCUGUAAACAAUAAGAAGGAAAAUGAUUUUUUUGCAAAUGAAAAAAAUGAAGCCGAUUUGUCGGAGAAUAGCAUGAAUCAAUCCAGUGGUUCUGACAGUAGGGAUGGUGUUUGUGCCACAGUCCAGAGGCUGGAGACAGACUUCAAGUUGCAUAAAGAUGGUGUGGUCAGUAAAAAAACUGCUUCAGAGGAGGUUAUUAAAGCUGAGCAAAUUAUAGAGCCAGAGGAAAAAGAUGAGACGGUUGCAGUCUCUGACAGAGUUGAGAGCAGUCAUUCUGAAAAGAAGAGAACACAAAAGUCACAUGCUGGGAAUACUGUGUCUGUAGAACUGGAGAAAGAAGGUGAAGCUUCAGUUGAUACUACAACUGAGCAGGAAAGAAAGUCUGAAGAAGUAAUCACAGACAAAGUACCAGGAAGAGAAAAAUUCAAAGCUUCAUGUAGAAUUGAGGAAGAGGCUGCAGGAGAGACCUUGAAGGCAACUGGGAAAUUACUGUCCACCAAGAAGAUUAAGAAUACUAGGGAAGAAGUGGAAGCAAAUGAACAUAAGCCAAUAACUAGCAAAGUGGUUGAAGAACCAGUGAGCAGACCAGUUUCCAGAAGGACAAGAAAAAAGUCAGCAGAGGAGGAAACAUGUGAACAACAGAAAGACAAAGGAAAAUUAGAGGAACAACCAGUUGGUAGACCAGCCUCCAGGAGGACAAGAAAGAAUCCAAUGGUGGAGGUAACAAAUGAGCAAAUGGAAGACCAAGGAAAGUCUGAGGAGGACCCAGUCAGUAGACCAUUUUCCAGGAGAACAAGAAAGAAUUCAACAGGAGAGGAAAGAAGUGAACAAAAGGAAGACAUGGAACAAACAGUCAGUAAACCACCCUCCAAGAGAACAAGAAAGAAUUCCGGUGAGAAAUCAGGAGAACUUACAGAAGACAAAGAACACGUGGAGGAAAAAACAGUCAAUAGACCACUCUCCAGAAGAACAAGAAAGAGUUCAACAGGAGAGGAAAGAAGUGAACAAAAGGAAGACAUGGAAAUAUCACAGGAAACAACAGUCAGUAAACCACCCUCCAGGAGAACAAGAAAGAAAUCAACAGGCGAGGAAUCAAGAGAACUUUGGGAAGACAAAGAACAAGUGGAGGAAGAACCAGUCAAUAGACCACUCUCCAGGAGAACAAGACCGAGCUCAACAGGCGAGAAAUCAGGAGAACUUACAGAAGACAAAGAACACGUGGAGGAAAAAACGGUCAAUAGACCACUCUCCAGAAGAACAAGAAAGAGUUCAACAGGAGAGGAAAGAAGUGAACAAAAGGAAGAUAUGGAAAGAUCACAGGAAACAACAGUCCGUAAACCACCCUCCAGGAGAACAAGAAAGAAAUCAACAGGCGAGGAAUCAAAAGAACUUGGGGAAGACAAAGAACAAGUGGAGGAAGAACCAGUCAAUAGACCACUCUCCAGGAGAACAAGACAGAGUUCAACAGGCGAGAAAUCAGGAGAACUUACAGAAGACAAAGAACAUGUGGAGGAAAAAACGGUCAAUAGACCACUCUCCAGGAGAACAAGACAGAGUUCAGCAGGAGAGGGAACAAGUAACCAAAAGGAAGACACAGGAAAAUCAGAGGAAGAACCAGUCAGUAAACGAAUCUCCAGAAGGACAAGAAAGAAUUCAGCAGGGGAAGGAACAUAUGAACAAAAAGAAGAUACAGGGAAAUCAGAGGAAGAGCCAGUAAGGCCAGUCUGCAGGAGUACAAGAACAAAUCCCACCAGGGAGGGAGCACAUGAACAAAAGGAAGACACAGGAAAACCACAAAAAGUACUAGUUGGUAGGCCAUACUCCAGAAGGACAAGAAAAAAUUCAACAGAGGAAGAGACAAACAAAGGAAACUCACAGAACGAUCCAGAUAGCCGACCAGUUUCCAGGAGGACAAAAAGGAAUUCAAAAGAGGAGGAGGACAAGGAAAAAACUGAAAAAGAAGGGUCAGUACUUGAACAAACUGAGAGGGAUGACCCACUUCAAAGAUCAAGAAGGACCAGGAAGAAUUUGGAAGACAGACAAUCAAAUGAAGAGAGCAUUGAAAAGCUAAAAAAAGCAGAAAUAGAAAAAACUGCCUCAAGAAAGGAAGCUUCAGAGGUGGAGAAUGUUGUUUCAGGCAGACAACCGGUCACUAGAAGAGCAAGGAAGAAUUCCACAGGAGAAGAAGUUGAGAAAUCUGAAGUAGAACAUGCACCAAAAAAACGAACCUCUUUAAGAGGUAGAAAAAACUUAGAGGAGGAGAAAUCCGGGACCGUGGAAAAUGUUGCAGAGCAAGAUGAUUUAGCUGGUAAACUAGCUCAUCGAAGGGGAGUAAAAAAUUCAGGAGAGGAUCCCAAAAGUAGAACGAAUGAGGCAGCGCAUACAGAGUCUGAAGUUAAAGGCAAGUAUAGAAAGCCAACAUCGAGAACAAGGCGAAAAGUGUCUCCUGAUGGAGAUAGUGAUAUUAAAGAGAAAAUUGCAUCUGAGGAAGAAGUAACCGGGAUUAGUACUAUGAAGGAAGAAAAAAAGCAGGAGGACAAUUUAAAGGGAGACACGCCAAGACGCACACGGACCUCAACUAUGGGCCUCAACGAAUCCCCACAAGCUACCACACCACUUCUGACAAGAAAGAGAGGACAAGGACAAAAGGAUGGAGAGGUGGAGAUAAAGAGGAAGAAGUCUGAAGAAGGGACUCAGCUUGAAAAAAGUGAAGAGGGUAAGACAUCGCCACAUCCAAAAGAGAAAAGAGGCCGGCCUAGACGAUUGUUGGCAGCAGCAGAGGAAGAAGACACAGAGAAAGGAAGUGUAAGAGGAAAGGAAGUGUUAACUCCUCUCCCAUCCCCUGCUGGAAGGAGCCGUCAAAAGCCAAGUGCAGUGUUAAACAGCCCGGCCGAGGUCCAGACCCCAAGACGCACCAAUCGCUCCACAGCCGUAGCAGGAUCUUCCAGCCCUUAUAUCUCUCACCACCUAGCUGCUCCCAAGGUCCUGUUUACAGGUGUUGUAGACUCCGACGGGGAGGAAACAAUCCGGAGUCUGGGCGGAGACAUUGCAGACUCUGUGUUUGAUUGUACACACUUGGUAACGGACCGCGUUAGGCGAACUGUUAAAUUCCUCUGUGCUCUGGCUAGGGGAAUUCCUAUCAUCACUUUGGACUGGAUCGAAAAGUGUAAGAAGAGUGGGUGCUUUCUUUCGCCAGAUGGAUUUUUGGUGAAUGAUAAAGAGCAGGAGAAAAAUUUCAACUUUGUUUUAUCUAAAUCGCUGCAGAAAGCAAAGCGGAAAGCAUUAUUCGAGGGCUAUGAGAUUCAUGUCACAGCUAAUGUGAAACCAGAUCCAGAACACAUGAAGGAUAUUAUCCGCUGCAGUGGAGCAACUUUUCUCCCCAAAUUGCCCCGAACCUACAAGGAGAAAUGUGUGAUUGUAUCGUGUCAGGAAGAUGCCACCCGAUGGAGGGGGGUUCCAUCAUCUGUUCCCAUAACAUCUGCAGAGUUCAUUCUGAGCGGCAUUCUUCAGCAGGAAGCCAAUCCAGCAGCUUACUUAUUGAAUGACAGCACCAAGGAUGCAGCUCCCACACCAGCUAAACGAAGACGCUGAAGUGUUUUCAUUACUUUUUUUUUUUUGUUAUACACGUAUUAAUCUUUAGGACUUAGUCAUUGGCAUUAUAGGCAAAAUGUACAACAAAAAGUUGGGCUUAAUUUGCUUUUUAUGCAUUGCGUGUUUGCCAUUUUUGUUAAACGCUGCUGUAAUUUGAAUAGAAUUAUUACAGCAAUGCCUACAGUUGCAUUUAUCCAGUAGUUAUCAGCUGGGAGCCAUCUUAAUAUUCAUUUAGGAUGAGUUCCUGUAGAAUUUUUAUGCUGAUAACAUUCCUUGAGAUUAUCUAAAAAAAUGAUAGAAUUUGGCAGUCCCAACCAGAACACAGACCUGCACACCUCUCUAAUAUAUAUAGGGGCUUAUUUACUAAAUGGAGCUGUGGGGAAUUGCAAAGAUCAGGUCCGAAUAGCAAAAAGAGAAAAUUCUCCAACCUUGGCUGUGUUUGCCAUCUAUUUGAAAUGUCCCCUGCCAUUUAUCCUCCAUUUCAAGCCAAUGAAAUAAUCACAACAUUCUAUAAAAUUUUGGAGAAGAAACUGAUGUUUGCAGCAAUAUUAUAACAAAAACACGCGUGCACCUACAGCUGACAGGGAAAUAUUGUAACUCAAUGUAAAAACAAAUCCGUUAUUCGUCACCUAAUGUCACUGAAUGUAAAAUGUAUAUGUAACUAAGACUUUGGCAUUUAUGAGACAUGCUGUUACGAGGAAACUUAUCAAAUAGGCAAAAAACACAAGAUAUUAUGCACGUGUAAUAUGUUGUGUUUUAAUAAAUCGUAUAUUUCACUUUAUCAAGGGAUGUCCAAAAAGUAUUGAUGCCUUUGUGAUGCAUCUGAGUGGUCUCUCACAUCAGGCCAGAUCAUAUUGUGAAUUUCAAGCUCUACAUAUUAUGUUUGGGUUAUCGGUUUAGUGUGUGAGAAUAUUUUUUCCCAGUUAAAUCCAAAUGGAAAACUUGCGUCAGAAAUAGCUGAUCUGGAAAAAUUCUACACUAUAAUCUCAUGGUGGCCUUUUUGUCAUUUGCAAAAUGUUGUAGUUUAUUGAAUAAUCCUGUCCUUACAAGGUGUUGAAGCUGCACAGAUUAGCUUUCCAAUCUGUAGGUUCCUCAAAAUGAAUUAAAGAAACCCCCCCAAACACUCAGUGAUGUCAUCAAAGUGAAAACCGGAGCUUAGGCACUGCUCUACCAGCCCUAUGUAUCAAAUUAACAGAGAUCAAUUCUAAAUACAUUACAUUUAUAUAUCAGUGACAACGCCAAGAUGGAACGUAGGAGACACAAUGUGUCCAUUAAAAAUAAAAUAUAUAUAAUAUGAAAUCUGCUGACUCCCUGAUUUGGGAGUUUGUGGUUUUUAAACCUAUUAAAAUGAAAUUUGUGGCAUUUCUUGCUCUCUUCAUGCAGGAAGUAGAAUUAAAAUGUAGCAUCAAUGAGCGUGACAGUCUAUUGAUAGGCAAGAUCUGGUACUAACAGCCCUACUAGCUAAUGCAGACAUAUAUUAAGAUGUGAUAUCUGCAGGGCAUGAAUCAAGUAAAUAACGGCCUCAGAAUGCCGCCAGUCAUGGUUAAAUCCCAAAUCAAAUCCAAGAUAUUCACACUGGUGCCUGUAUUCAUCCAUAAUGUUUUGGGUUAUUUUUGUAGUAUCUCAUUGCAACAACACCAGAUAAUUAAAGAGAGAAAGAAAAUGAUCAGAAAUGGCACGUUUUAAAGAAUUACUAAGCCAAACCUAUUUUUGUUUGUUUGUUUCUCUUGUGCAUUACUUUUUAAAACCCAGCUUAGAGUGAUUUGCCGUGGAGAUACUUUAUCGAUUUGAGAGAUCAUACCAAUCAUUAUUCCGUGUGAAACAACGUACCGUAGAUCUGUACAUAGACCGGGGCCCUUUUGUGUAUAUAAUAAACGCAGUAUUUUUGUUUUGUCA